GAUUUCUUCAUUUAAGGUGUAUAUAUUUUUGCAGAUGCAUUCCCUCGCCGCCGUUCUCUUGGCUGUGAUCAGCCUGAGCGCUUCAUGCCACGGCAAAAUUUACACGAAGUGCGCACUUGCCAAGGAGCUGAAAUGCGUCUACGGCUUUGCGCAGAGCAGCCUCGCCGACUGGGUGUGUCUGGUACAGCACGAGAGCUCCUUCAAUACCGCGGCUGUUGGACAAAACAAGGGCAGUAAAGACUAUGGCUUGUUCCAGAUCAACGACUACUAUUGGUGUAAUUCGGGCACAGGCACCAACGACUGCAACAUCAAUUGUGAUAAACUGAAGGACAACAAUAUUGCGGACGACGUCAAAUGCGCCAAGAAGAUUUUUGCGCGCCACGGCUUCAACGCCUGGUACGGCUGGAAGAACAACUGUAAAGGCAAGAACUUGUCCUCCUACACCAGUAGCUGCAGCCUCACUUGCUGAGCGCCGCUGCUUCGUAAACUGAUGGAUCUUCCUGAGAGAUGAUCGGCAUUUAAUGAUUUAGUUCCAUUUAUUUAACAUAUUUAUUCCAUUUAUAAUUGUGUGCAUUCUGCCUCUACAGCGCAUGCUCAAUGCGCUAACUUGACAUUUUAACGCUAUUUGAUUAUAUUUAUUUGCCCCAAUAUUGACUGAUUUAUGAAUUGCUCUGUAAUCUCUAUAUCAUAUGUGUUUCUGCAUCAUAAAAUAAACCCAGGGUAAAA